AGGAGAUCCGGCCGCUAAGUAUCAGCGUGGGGCUAGCCUCGGAGGCAAUUGUAGCUCCGACCUCGGGAUGUGGAUUGCAUGAUGGUGAGCUUUCGUCGCACUGCACUUGAGCUACCAUUGAUAUCCUCACGGCGCCAAAACUGUGCUUGCACCCAGAUACCCUCAUCCUUCCGAUUCAACGUCUUGAUUAGAUCGCAACCACCACGUGCUUGCCUGCCCACUUUCCGAAUUCGCUUCCGUCCCCGUUCCAAACCUACGCGCAAUGUCUAAGCUAGGAGCAGGCGUGAAAGCGCUCAUCAACGCGUCGCAUGCUCGACCUGGCCCGGUUCCAGCACCGCGACACAUUCAGUCGAUAUACAAGAGGAUAGAACAGGAAGCGACGGCGCACAAGCUGGGCCGCCCAUCAUGGCUCGCUCUGUCAACGGCAACAACAAUGACGAUGAACUCGCCGGAAUCAAUGGUGGCGCUGUACAAGUCGGCGAGCGAGAACCAAUCAGAAAAAGACGCCGUGGAGAUAGCAGAGUUGAUGCGCGAGGUUGGGCUCAAGUGCAUUGGCUUCAAUGGCGUUCCCCGCACGAUAAACAUGCUGAAUGCGUUUCGCGCUGAGCUCCCCUCGUCCGUUGUCGCGGCAUUGAACACCAAGCCUUCCCGCCUACCUACUCAAUCUAACGUCGACUCAAUAAAUUCGCGAGGCAGAGCAUUGUGGAACUCAAUAUAUCGCCCGCUAGCAGAGAAGCUGGAGAACAAGCUCGCCGACGCACAUCCCGAUCUGCCAGUCUUCAUCAUCAGCAGUGAGUACGGCGCGCUGUUCAGCGACCCGGAGCGGUCAACUGGUGCCGACAUCGGCCGCAUUACAACAAGCUUAUGCGCUAUUUCUUGCUUGCGCGCUCAGCAGGGCGUGGGUCCCCAGGUACUAAGCCAUGUCUUUGGUUUGCGCAAAGCGUGGGAUGACGGCACUUGGAAGUCCGAGCCCGAGGCAGGAGAGGAGGAGGGCAUCAAGUGGCUGGUGAGCGACGAGGGCUGCACUUGGGCGCUCCAGAAGGUUGAUGAGGUCGUCGAGGCGCUUGGUGGUGCGUCAGGCUCGACUUUCGCACCCGUCAAGGCAAAGCUAUAAGUCACGAACCAAAUGCCACACUGUACAUAUUCCCACUACCAAUCGAGUGGCUCCUUAGUGGCGCAUUUUCGUCUUCCC